AUGUCGAAGGAUCUGGGAAAUGACCCGAAUCGCCUAGGCUUGAAUUAUGGGAAUAAAGCAAGUAAAGUAACUAAAUCUUCGUCGACACCUUUUCAGAGGAUUCAAGAUAAAAUCAAAGAGUUGGAACGAAGUUUAGAGAAGCAACGCAAUCAAAACGAGAAGAUUCAAGACAAUGUCAAGGGUUUUGAACAGCGUUUAGAGGAACAAUACGAUCAAAAUGAGAAGAUGCAAGAUGAGAUGAAAGACUUGAAACAGCGUUUAGAGGAACAUUCUACUCGAAACGAGAAGAUUCAAGAUACGACCAAAAAGUUGGAGCUAUCUUUAGAGGAGCAGUACAAUCAAAACGAGAAGAUGCAAGAUAAGAUCAAGGACUUGGAAAGACGUCUGGAGGAGCAAUACUGUCAAAAUGAGAUGAUACAGAAGACCCGAGAUCAGAGAUUCGAGUACUACAAUGGUAAAAUAGAGAAGCUGGAUGAAUCGGUCCAAAAAUUGACUAAUUGGACAUCGCAGUUGAAGGAUCGUAUUGAUGAAGAUUUUCAAAUGCGGGAUCAAGAAACGGAUAACCUCGAUGCAGUGCAGAAUGUCCAGCAUACAAUGCAAAAGGUCCUUGCCACUGUCAUGGAACAGCAGCAUAAGCAUAUAUCGGACACGAUUGAGUUUCAAACUCGGCUACCAGAUAUGAUACAAAGAGAAUUAUCUAUUCAAAGAAUGUUCGAUCCAGAACCACGACUCGACAGAGGCCCAGAUGUAUAUGCCAAACCCACCCAGUAUGAAUAA